AAUAUGAUGAGGAUGGAAAUGAACAGAUAGAUAUUGAUGAAUUGAAGGUUGCGAGAGGAACGCUUACCGAAGAUUUAAGAAAAAAGUGGGAAGAAAGGGAUGGCGAAGAGGAUAGUGGAAAAGGAAAUAAGUUAAACAAAAUUGUAGAAGCAAUCCGAGGAUUAGAAAAAGAAGUGACUGAGUAUCCAGUUGAUAUGGAAAGUGAUGAUGAGAAAGAACAAAUUGAAGAGAAUGACUUAGUGGCUCAAAUAGAAGUGCUUUCUAAAGGCAAUAAUUAA